UACUGCUUGAAAAUUCUUCCGCUCCCGUCGACGUCCCGCGUUUCGCUACAGUGUGCGCGAGGCUGAUAUGCCGCAAUACGCAAUAAUUGUAAAUGAAUAAGUUGGUUCUUAUAUAUUUAAGUGCCAUCAAAUCAAAAAUAACAGUUGUAAAAUCGGUUUGAAAUUAUUGCUGUAAGUUGUGUUCGUCAAAGUAAUAAUUAUUGUUUUGCACUCUCCCUCCAUGGUUGAUUAUAACAACACAGUCUAGUGGUUGAAGAGUUGACACCUGCCGUCCAUCAUAGACCUCAGGAAGCACGUUCGCACUUCCUAGCAACUGUUUCUAUGUCAUGUCAAAACAUAAUGAAUAAAUCAAUAUUCACUGUCCAUUAGGUAGGACAGUGUCGAACUAGCCAUCCAGUGGAGCGGUGAAACAGGGCAGUGCAAUGCAGUGCAGAUUGGUGCACUCAAUCACACUUCAAAUGUUGCUCUGCAUCCAGUUAUAAAUUCGUCAAGCUAGUUGUCAUUUAUCAUUAAAAAUAUUCUCGCAAACGCAACACAUUUUAUUCAAGACAUUUUCCACUGAAUGACGUCAACAAUGAAACACGUUUUUAUUAUUUUCACUGGGUUUUCACAGAUACUCGCAACGGGAACAAGAGGAAACAGUUUAUCAAUUAAUAAAAACCUCACAUUUACUGGAGAGUUAUCAAUUGAAACCCUCACAGAUAUGGAUAGACGGAAGUUAUCGAUUGAAAAAUCGUCGUUGGUGAAUGAAGAACUCUUGGAUACAAAUUUAACUUUCUUUCCGAAAGAAGAAUUGAGAAACAAUUGGGAAAUACGAACCUCUCACUCACACACCUCAACUAUUCUUCAUGGUUAUCCUAUGAACCCAAGAUCAGAAGAGCAGCCCAGCACUGAAGCAGCAUUUAACGAAUUCGAAAAUAAUUGUAACUUCAAAACCGGAAUGUAUUACGAUAUAUGUGGCAAGUGUGUAAAUAAGACAGCGUAUGCUAAUGAGUGUAAAAUCUGUGGUGGAAGUAUCAAUUGUCAAUCUUGUUCGAAUACACCUGAUACAAAGCCGGAUCAAUGCGGUCAAUGCUUGAAACUGGAAGACAACAGUUGGAACAAUUGUACAAAAACUUUUUCCAUGUUUCCGACUGUUAUCGAUAUAACUGCUGUGGAUAAACAUGGUAUAGUUUACUUGAAAGGUGUAGGUCUAAGUGGAGGCAGUCUUCCAAACUUGGAAUGCUCUAUCCACAACUCUUUUGACAAUAAGUUUCUCAAUGUCAUCAAUAUCCUUCUCGUGAAGAAUAAAAUACAAAUUACAUUUGAAAUGAACGGCGUGGAACAUGAAUAUCAAGUCCACUGCAAUACUUCCAAUGAGGAUGCUGUUAUUGGAUUUUAUAAUCUAACAAUUAUCAAUUCAAACUCCCUAUCAAUACUCAUGUUGGCUCCAAGUAGUGUAGUUUUGGGGAGAGAGGUUGAGUUUCUUGUAAUAGCGCGUGGCAUGUCCACUCUGAGUGACAUCAUAUGUUUUAUCAAGGCCAAGAAUAACGCGCUUCUUACAACUUUACCGACCGACAAUAUUCAAGGGAAUUCUCUUGUGACAAACAUCACUUGUCCCCUGUACACUCCAAAAUGUGCGGACAACUUUGUUUUUGGCAUUGCAUACACAUAUGAGGCAAUAGCAAAACUUGGAAAUUCCAACACAAAGAAACUAGAAGUUAAAGUCAGUGCUCCUUAUUUGAAAUCGAAAUAUUUCUCAUCGGAUCUGAGACAAGUUGUAUUUGAAUUUAAUGACAUUAUUGAAGGUCCAUCAAAUUGUGCACAUCUAUUUAUUCCAAUGACUCUCCACCUACUUGGAAAUCAGCCAGUUUGUCAUUAUAGUGCUAAUAUUCUGCGUAUAGUACUAGGGCAACAAGCUUCUUUGAAAUCUAUGAAAGAUAUCAAAUUCAUUCCUGGACAAAUUCGUAGUGUUUGCGGGAGUCUUACUAACGCCCCUGCAUUUUCAGGAAGUACUCUUGUUGAAUCUACAACUGAUACUGGUGUACUUUUGAAUAAGCCAGUUUACAAACUUAUUGGUCCCAGUGAAAUUUGUGUAGUCGAUGGAAGUUUCAAUACCCACUACUUAUUAGCGUUAAUGGAUCGUAAAAUGUCACAUUAUGAAUAUUUAACAUCAUCCAGUACAACCCAAUUCGUUGUCCAUUCUCUGGGCAGUGAAGAAAUUCAAUACAAAUGGACACUGAGAUAUUACUUUGAAACAGAUGUAGAAGGUGGUGGAAGACAGCGACGGAAUCUGCUUGUGUGGCUUAGUGUAAGAGAAUUGGAGAAAAUUUUAAAAACAGUGACAAAAAGUGAGGUUAUUAUUGAUAAUUCUCUACUUGUACCAAAAGUUAAAUACGUUCUCUCAGUAAUUGGACAAAAUCGUAUAGGUGAGUCGGGAGAAAGUUUAAAUAUUACUUUUCAAUUAUCAACAUCUCCUAAUAGAUCUUUAUCAAAGGAUCAUUUGGAAUUGACUAUAAUUGGAUCCCCUGUUCUUAAUCCAGGCACUGAUAACUGGUUUGAAGCUAUAAUAGCAUCUUCAUGUUAUGAUGAUGAGUUGAACAAUACUUACAAAUUUUCUUGGAUGAUUGAUAAGAUUGGUGACUUCCCAACCCAAAGAGGACCAAAGCUUUUUCUUCCUGUGGGAAUAUUGAAAAGUAACUCUUCCUACACUAUAACCUGUGAAGUACAAUUAAAUAAUCAGGCAAUAUCGAAAAAUAGCUACAACUUUCGCACUACAGUUCCAAAAUUCAAAAUCACUAUCGGUAUUUCAGAUAUUGUUUUUGGAACAGGGCAAACUUUGCAGCUAUGGUCAGCUAUAACUGACUCUACUCAUGACACUCGGAAUCGAUUUGAAUAUAUUUGGAGCUGUAGUUACAAUCGAGUCAAUGAAUGCUUUCUCCCUCUCUCAAACUCAACCAGAUUAGAGGAUAUUUUCAAAUCAGAGUUCAGAAAGAAAAUAUUAACUUUGAAAUCUGGGUCUCUGAUGGUUGGUGUUUAUACAUUCAGAGUUUCAGCAACUCUAAAGGAAACCAAUGACACCAUUGUGAGUCCACCAACAAGAGUCAGAAUUGUUGAAGGAGAGCCUCCUCUUGUAUCUAUUGAGAAAUAUCCUAUUUUUACAGUAAAUCCAAGAGAGGAUUUUAAUAUUGUAGCCAAGGUAAGCCGCUUAUAUCCAGGGUGCAGAUUGAGCUGGGACUUUUUGAGAGCUAUCGGAUCAUCUUAUAUUGAGCUCAACUCUCUCAUCAAUGGAACUAAUUUUUUUGUACCACUUGAUUCAAAUAUCAGGGUGAAAGAGUUUCCUUUGAUAAUACCAGGCAAAUUACCAGGAUGUAUGGAAGAAAAUAACUGUAAUUUACUCCAAGAAAACACAUUCUACACACUGGAAUUAAUUGUAUCCUGUUCAGCAAAAGUUCACAGUUAUGUUACUACUAAAUUUCAAACAGGAAGUCUUCCCAGAAUAUAUAAUCUUGAAGUGAAACCACAUGCAGGUGUAGGCUCAGUAACGGAAUUCCAAUUCACCACAGAUACAGCUUACUCGUCUCAAGAAUACCAGCCUUUAGAGUACAGUUUCGGUUUCAAGAUAUCUGGAGAGAAAACAUUAUACUUCUAUACAUCUUCAAACUGGUUGAAUCAUAAGACUGUGCUUCCUUCAUUGUCUGACAAACUUGAGUCUCCCACCACUAUUGAGACGAUCUUGAAAGUCUGCAAUAACCAAGGGAUAUGUGUCUCUAGACUAGGUCCUCCUGUACUUACUACUAAUCCAAAAAAUGUGUCUCUUCAAAUGCUAAAUUCUCUCAGGUAUAGUUACUCUUCAUAUUUGAGAAAUGAAAAUUAUAACGAAGCGUUUUCUUUGGCAUAUGGAUUUUUUAAAACUUUCAAAUCAGCAGGCAAUCAGUUAUCUUAUCAAAAUCUGUCACAAAUAAUUGAGUCAGAAAUCAUGCGACAAAUUGCGACGGUAACAGGAUAUCUGGAGAAAGAUUCUAAUUAUAACAUGAAAUCUGCUGUAGCUCUUAUUGAAUCUGUAACCGCAACUGUACAGUAUUUAAUUCAUUCUGAAAUCUUAUUAGGAAAUCUAGUAUCGUUCAAGAAAAAAGUACUGCAAAUUCUUAAAGAAUCUAACAGGUCCACUGUAGAAGUUAGAAGCUUGUUCAGUGAAAGUAAUUAUCGUAAAAAGUUUCUUUCUAAGAAGCAUAUGAAAUCGGAAUCGCUAUUUUGGAAAGCGAGGAUACAAAGAGAAAUCAGUGUGUUGCCUCAGUCCCGUGAAGAGGUACUAACGUUGGAUACUGUGAAAACCAUGCUUGAAGCAUCUGAAGUAGCUAUAUUAAAUUUUACUGAGCAGGAGAGUGCAGUUUCUGAGGUGCGUGAACUCCUUCAGAAUGUUGACUACUAUGUUUCCUCACUUUGUGAUCAAACUUUCAAUGAUGGUAAGCUCAUUUACAUUGGCACCAAAGUAGCCGAACUGAGUGUAAAACGGAUCCACCUUGAUGUGAGUUGCACUGAGGAAAUGCCCCUACCUGAUUGCAAGACACAAUGCUUCAGCAGUAAGGCGUACAUCAAAUUGGGAGAGAAGCUAGCAAACACAUUCCCUGACAAUGACAACAUUUGCUAUGCUAGUCUUAUUUACCCAUCCGAUUACUUAUCAACAGUUUACAGUGGAAAUAUCUUAAACAAUGAUUUGAGAUUGAGCAAUGUGUAUAGUGUUAAACUGAUGACUCAAUAUUAUUCUGAGCCCAAGACUGAAGAAGAAGUCUACUAUGUUGAAAUGAAAAUCCCCAUAAAAAAUUUCGUUUUCGGAAAUGGAUUCACUCUGAAAUGUUUUGUUUGGAUUAUGGAAAGAAGGGAAUGGAUCCCAGAUUUGUGCCAGAGUCAUUUUGUUGAAGAUAGCAGUCGUUACAUUCGCUGUGAAUGUCCUGUAAAUCACUAUAUUAGUGUUUUUGCUGUGAAUGAUACCAAUGAAUUUGGAGAAUCUACUGAGUUUGAUAGUUUACUGGAAGAGGAGCAAAAUUUGAACCAUGUAACUGCCAUCUCAGAAUCAAUGCAUCAGUCGUCCACCAAGCCAGACUGGGAGCUUGUUUCUCUAGCUUAUCAUAGGAUUACAUUCAGGAUUGAUGAAGAUUAUGAAACAGUUGUUGGGUCGAAACGGGAAGAAUUCAUAGGAAGUGUGAAGAAUCAACUGGUAGAAAAAUUUCUAAUUCCUUCAGACAUGUUCAAAAAUGUGACGGUUUAUCCAGGUACUGUGAUGGUGUCAAUGCAGCUGGUGAACUCGACUUCAGUGUCAGUGAGCGACAUUCUCCCCACGCUCGUCAGAGCGUUAAACUUCGGUGACCUCACACUUAGUGGCAUCAAUGGACAGCCGCUCAAUAUUCCACCCCAACUUCUGCAAAUUUCUGAAAAGCUCAUAGGAGUUGAUAACGAUUCUUCUGAAGCUCUGCUGGUCGUAUUGAUUGGAUUUCUGAUUUGCAUUGCUGUAUUCACCUCUUUCACAAUUGCAGCUAUAAUACUAAAGAGGAAGAAUGAUAAAUUGACUGACGAUGAAACUGAAGAGACUGCCAAUGAUUUGAACUUCCCAAAAUACAGAGAACUCUACUUCGAGCAAUCAAUAGAUGGAUCUGAAGCAACUUUGAAUCAAUACAGAAGACCUGUUCAAGUUCAAUUCCAACCUGAUUCCAAUGGUGAGGACUCUGGAAUUAGUAUCAUACCAGAACUAGCAAGACAUUGUGCUACUGAAAAUGGUGCCAUAGCAUCCAGUAAUGUCCAUUGCAAUGUUAUUGAGAGAAGUUUUUUACCUGGCUCCUCUGCUGAGAACAUGUAAUCUAGGUACCGGUACUCAACUUUCUCAUUCAACUCAUGAUGGAGUAAAGAAAAUUCUCUUCUGUGCAAUGGAAUUUUUAAUAAUAUUCUAUUAUUUUUUGUUUUUUAUAUGUCAUAAGCUGCUUAUAGACAGGAGAAGUAUAGACUAAACGUUCUUGUGGUCACUUGUUAUUCAUUUCCAUUUGGCUUAUCAAUAGGCUAUUACUAUAAUAACAGUAAUUGUUUUUAUAGAAUACUUAUAUUGGACCAAAACUGUUAAAAAUAUAUUCAUGAAUAGAAUGAGUAGAUCUAGAAAACUAAAUAAAAAUUAUUAUUGUUAUUCAAAA